UGGAGACAAUCUUUUGAUUAAUGUCCAAAUUACUUGCUCUGCUCCCAAACCCCUGACUGGAGAUCUGCAGGCAGAGGGACACUUUUCUCUGUUACACCUGGAUUGAUUCUAUUUGGUUACAGCAAGAUGAUGAGCCUGUAUACUGCACUAGUCUAGGAGGAUCUACCUAACUCUGAAGAACUUUGCUGCUGCUGACUUAAGUGAUAGCUGGAGGAUCAGCACUGAGUCCUGGAAUAUAACAUGACAGAGGAACAUAAGCCUGAUGGAAAGGUGGAGAGCAGCAAGGACCUGGAGAGGCAGCUCAGGCUCAGGGUCUGUGUUCUCAGCGAACUUCUCAAGACUGAGAGGGACUAUGUGGGGACCUUGGAGUUCCUUGUCUCGGCGUUUUUCCAGCGAAUGAUGCAAUAUGCAGCUUUAAAAUCUGAUAAAAAUGUCACAGAGGAAACUGUAAAGAUGCUGUUCUCCAACAUUGAGGACAUACUGAUGGUACACAAAGACUUUUUAUCCCUCAUUGAAAACUGCUUGCAUCCGGAACCUAAUGCCCAUCAGGAAUUGGGAAUCUGCUUUCUGCAAUUUAAGGAGCGUUUUGCCAUUUACCAUGAAUACUGCAGCAACCACGAAAAAGCACAGAAACUUCUGCUGGAACUUAACAAGAUAAGAACGGUGCGGACUUUUCUUCUGAACUGCAUGCUUCUCGGUGGACGGAAAAACACAGAUGUUCCACUGGAAGGAUAUUUGGUUUCCCCAAUACAGAGAAUAUGCAAGUACCCGCUUCUUUUGAGAGAGUUACUGAAGAGGACUCCGAAGAGACACAGUGAUUACAUGUCUGUAGUGGAGGCUCUGCAGGCAAUGAAGGCGGUGUGCUCCAACAUUAAUGAGGCCAAGAGACAGAUGGAAAAAUUAGAAGUGCUUGAGGAAUGGCAGAGCCAUAUAGAGGGAUGGGAGGGGUCCAGCAUCACAGACACUUGCACUGAAAUGCUGAUGCAUGGAGUUCUUUUAAAAAUUUCCUCUGGGAACAUCCAGGAGCGGAUUUUCUUUCUCUUUGAUAACCUUUUAGUGUAUUGCAAAAGAAAACAUCGGCGUUUGAAGAACAGCAAAGUAUCCACAGAUGGGCACCGCUAUCUCUUCCGAGGUCGGAUUAACACAGAAGUGAUGGAGGUUGAAAAUGUUGAUGAUGGAACAGCCGAUUUCCAUAGCAGUGGUAAUCUUGUAGUCAAUGGCUGGAAAAUACACAACACAGCGAAGAACAAGUGGUUUGUCUGUAUGGCAAAGACACCAGAGGACAAACAGGAAUGGCUGGAAGCAAUCCUGAAAGAGAGGGAGAAGAGAAAAAGUCUGACACUAGGUAUGGAACAGGACACCUGGAUGAUGAUAUCAGAACAAGGAGAAAAACUUUACAAAAUGAUGUGUAAGCAUGGAAGUCUUAUCAAAGAUCGGAAAAAGAAACUGACAACGAUCCCAAAGUGUUUUCUUGGCAGUGAAUUUGUGGAGUGGCUACUGGAAAUUGGAGAAAUUCACAAACCAGAAGAAGGUGUUAACCUUGGCCAAGCUUUACUGGAGAAUGGAAUAAUUCAUCAUGUUACAGAUAAACACCAGUUUAAAUCGGAGCAGAUGUUGUAUAGAUUCCGUUAUGAUGAUGGCACCUACUAUCCAAGGAAUGAAAUGCAAGAUGUAAUAUCAAAGGGCAUCAGACUGUACUGCCGGCUGCACAGUCUGUUUACACCGGUGAUUAGGGAUAAAGACUAUCAUCUUAGGACAUACAAGUCAGUAGUAAUGGCAAAUAAGCUAAUAGACUGGCUUAUUGCUCAGGGUGACUGUCGCACAAGAGAAGAAGCAAUCAUUCUUGGGAUAGCUCUUUGUGAUAAUGGAUUCAUGCACCACGUGUUGGAGAAGAGUGAGUUCAAGGAUGAACCACUGUUAUUUCGAUUCUUCUCUGAUGAAGAAAUGGAAGGAUCCAAUAUGAAAUACAGACUUAUGAAACAUGACCUAAAGAUUGUGGAGAACGUUAUUGCUAAAUCUCUUUUGGUAAAACCCAGUGAUGGGAGUUAUGGUUUUGCACUAGAAGAUAAAAAUAAAGUGCCCAUUGUUAAAUACAUUGAAAGAGGUUCUAACGCAGAGUUGUCAGGAAUGGCGGUCGGAAAAAAAAUCUAUGCUGUAAAUGGUGACCUUGUUUUCCUGAGGCCGUUUCACGAAGUGGAUUGUUUUCUGAAGACUUGCUUAAACAGCAGAAAACCUCUGAGGAUUCUCAUGAGCACAAAACCAAGGGAAACGGUAAAAAUUCCAGAUUCACCAGAGGGACUCGGCUUCCAGAUAAGGGGUUUUGGACCAUCUGUUGUACAUGCUCUGGGUAGAGGGACCGUGGCAGCAGCUGCUGGUCUUCACCCUGGACAGUGUAUUAUCAAAGUGAAUGGGAUCAAUGUCAGCAAGGAGAGCCAUGCCAGCGUUAUUGCCCAUGUGACGGCUUGCAGGAAGUACCGGCGCCCCAUGCAGCAAGAUUCCAUACAGUGGAUAUAUGACAGUACUGAGAGUGCCAAGGAAGACAUCUUGAAGCCUACACACCCCAAACCUCUAGGAGAAAAUGAUGGGGAUGGUUUUGAUUGCAAAGUAGAAGAGGUUAUUGACAAGUUUAGUACCAUGGCAAUAAUAGACGGAAAGAAGGAUCAUGUAAGCCUCACAGUGGAUAACGUUCACCUGGAGUACGGAGUCAUUUAUGAAUAUGACAGCACAGCAGGAAUCAAAUGUCACGUAGUGGAGAAGAUGGUAGAACCAAAGGGCUUUUUUAGCUUAAGUUCCAAGAUCUUAGAUGCUCUUGCAAAAAGUGAUGAGCAAUUUGUACAAAACUGCAGCAAUCUUCACUCCUUACAUGAAGUCAUUCCACCUGAACUGCACAAUAAAUUUAACAUCAUUUGUCGGGAGAAAAUUGAACACAUCUACCGGCGGAUCACUAGCUAUAGAAAGUUUUCAAGGGUCCUAAAGAAUCGAGCCUGGCCUACAUUCAAACAAGCCAAGUCAAAGAUAUCACCUCUGCACAGCAGUGAUUUCUGCCCGACAAACUGCCAUUUCAAUGUAAUGGAGGUGUCAUACCCCAAAACCUUGACGUCACUUGGGAGCGCAUUUGGGGUCCAGUUGGACAGCAGAAAGCAACCAUCCCAAGACAAGGAGAAUAAAAAUAUGGAGCAAGGCAAAUUAAAUCCUAUGGUAUACAUACAACAUACCAUAACUACAAUGGCUGCACCAUCAGGACAUUCGUUGGGUCAAAGAGAUGGUCAUGGACUGAGAUACCUGCUAAGCAAUGAAGAUUUAGAAACACAAGAUAUCCAUCACAAAUUACUAUGCAAACUCCAUUCAGCGUUGGCAGAGGUGGAAACAUGUGUCUCGCAGAUUGAUGAGCUAUUGUCUUCAAUAACUUGCUCUCCCAAAUGUGAGCGUAAAACAGAAAAUGUUAUAGGGAUGGACAGCGAUGAGAAAGGAGAGAAGAACGGGAAGAGAGUCUGCUUUAAUGUUGCAGGAGAGGAACAAGAGGAUUCGGGACAUGAUACCAUCAGCAACAGAGACUCUUACAGAUAUGUUCUUUAUUCUAUGUGCAGCGACUGCAACAGCAACAGAAACUCCAUUGCGUCCUUCACAAGUGUCUGCAGCAGCCAGUGUAGUUCUUACCUUCACAGCGACGACAUGGAUUCUGGAGAUGAGAUGCCUUUAAAUGUACGGAUUUCCCAUGAGAAACAGGACAAAUUACAUAGUUGCUUAGAACAUCUAUUUAGUCAGGUGGAAUCAAUAACUAAUCUUCUUAGAGGACCAGCUGUGGCCAGGGCAUUUGAGCAGACAAAAUAUUUCACUCCUGGGCGAAGUUUACAAGAAUUUCAACAGGAAAUGGAACCUAAAUUAAGCUGUCCAAAGCGCUUACGACUUCACAUUAAACAGGACCCUUGGAAUCUGCCCAGUAGCGUCCGUGUUCUUUCUCAGAACAUUAAAAAGUUUGUAGAAGAGGUAGAAACGAGGAUACUGUUGGCCCUGCUGGAAUAUACAGAUAGUGAAGUACAGCUGAGGAGAGACAUGGUGUUCUGCCAGAGUUUAGUGGCCACUGUCUGUGCCUUCUCUGAGCAGCUAAUAGCUGCAUUAAAUCACAUAUAUGACAGCAACAGAGAAUAUGAAGUGGAAACACAAGAAGCUAGUAGAAGAUGGUUGGAGCAGAUUGCUAAUGCCGGUGUUCUCUUCCACUUCCAGUCUCUUCUCUCUCCAAAUAUGACAGAUGAACAAGCCAUGCUGGAGGAUUCACUCGUUGCCCUGUUUGAUUUGGAGAAGGUCAUGUUUUACUUUAGACAAGCAGAACAUGGGCCACAAAUUUCAAAUGUUCCUAUUACCUAUCAGGCAGAAGGAAGCCGACAAGCUCUGAAAAUGUACUUUUACAUAGACAGUUAUCAUUUUCAGCAUCUUCCACAAAGGCUGAAGAACGGUGGAGGAUUUAAAAUACACCCCGUCCUAUUUUCUCAAGCUCUGGAGAGUAUGGAUGGCUAUUAUUACAAGGACAAUGUUUCUAUUGAGGAGUUUCAGGCCCAGAUUAAUGCCGAUUCACUGGAGAAAGUUAAACAGUACAAUCAGAAACUGCGGGCCUUUUACUUGGAUAAGACACAUCUGCCUCCAAAUAACACAUCUAAAGCUGCAUACAUUGAUAAGCUGAUGAGGCCGCUCAAUGCUUUGGAUGAACUGUAUCGGCUGGUGGAUUCAUUCAUUCACUCUAAGCGUACAGCAGCCUGUGCCUACACAGCUUGCAGCGCCUCAGGAGUUGGACUGCUCUCGGUGUCUUCCGAACUUUGCAACCGACUUGGGGCUUGCCAUGUUAUAAUGUGCAAUAGUGGAGUGCACCGAUGCACUUUGAGCGUCACCCUUGAACAGGCUCUGAUCCUCGCGCGGAGUCAUGGGCUGCCUCCCCGUUACAUCAUGCAAGCAACAGAUGUCAUGAGAAAACAGGGAGCAAGGGUUCAGAACACUGCUAAGAAUUUGGGUGUUAGAGACAGAACACCAACAUCUGCUCCAAGGUUGUACAGGCUGUGCCAGCCGCCUCCUGCUGACGACGAACCCUGAAUGUGCCCGCUAUGAAAUCGAGAACAAUAUUUUACCAGAACUUGUUUUACGACUGUUCUUGUAAAUGUGAAUAUUCAGAAUAUAAAAAGCGGACAAGACACUUCAUAACAAGCUAUAAGGACUAAUCGUCAGCGGCAUGUUUUGUACACUGGAAUCCCACCGGAUGAAGCACUUACAUGUUGUAAAAAAAUCAACAGGGGCAUUGAAUGUUUUUGGAUUGUCAGUUCAAGUCUUUUUCGCAGCGUACAGACAGGACCUACUUUAAUAUUUGUAUUAAUUAUAUGUCAGUGAAAAAGGAAAUAUAUUUCUAAAGGAAACAUUUACCGGUAUAUCUACUUUGCUAUCAAUAAGCGGCUACAUAUAUAAUAUAUGUCACACCUGGCUAGGAAUUAAAGCACAGUUCACUAUUAUUCCAUUUGGACUUUACCUUCAAGACGUGACUUGCUAAAUAGAAGACAUUGAAGAAAUAGAAUCUUUAUUUGCUAAUUAACAAAUAAACAAUGUAAACCAUUUUGGCCAAUACAUUAAAUAGAUUGAAAUGAA